UGACCCAGUCGACCUCAACAUCCACUGCCCAAUCUGCUCAAUAAUAAGGAGCUACCAAUCGUGAAGAAUUAGCUCAACUCUCUCCUCGACUUUUCCUCAAUCAACAGCCAACAUGAUCCCAUCCAAGCCAUGGAAGCAAGACAACCGAACCGUUGAGACAACAAAUCAACAAGAUCAUCAAGACCCAGAAGAAUCCAAUAAUCCUCUAGCUAUCGUGCCUAGCUCUGGUCCUGAGCCUGAGCCUGAGCCUGAGCCUGAUCACGCUACAGCUGGCCGUGAUCGGGCUCAUGAUGAAGAAGCGGUGACCGCUCCAAGGGCGAGGUCUGAUGAAGUAGAGUCGAAGAUCUCGGCAUGGGAGGCCGAGGAGAUGGCGAAGAUCAACAACAGGUACCGGCGGCAAGAGGCGAUUAUCAAUGGUUGGGAGGGUGAGCAGAUUGAGCAGGCCGGCACUUGGCUUAAGAAGAUUGAGAGAAAGCUGGAGGGCAAAAGGGCAAAGGCUGUGGAGAAAAUGCAGAACGAUGUAGCGAUAGCUCGACAGAAGGCGGAGGAGAAGCGUGCGUCAAUGGAGGCAAAGAGAGGGGAGAAAAUUGCUAGAGUUCUAGAGCUUGCAAAAUUGAUGAAGAUUGUUGGCCAAUCUCCAUCCAAGCGCUCUUUCUUCAGGCCUUACAAGCACGACUCAUGGGCUUGAACUUGUACUUCAACAAAAUGUGUUGCACAUGCACAAGGAAAAAAAAAUUAGUGUGGAGAGAUUUAUGGUCUGAA